AUGCCUGACGGUACCUCCCGCUUCAAGUGCAAGGGCAAGGACCUGCUGCACUUCAUGGGCACUUCCACCUUCUCUCAGUACACCGUCGUCGCCGACAUCUCUGUCGUCGCCGUCCAGCAGGAUGCCCCCAUGGACCGUACCUGCUUGCUCGGUUGCGGUAUCACCACCGGUUACGGUGCCGCCCGCAUCACCGCCAAUGUUCAGGAGGGUGACAACAUCGCUGUCUUCGGCGCUGGCUGCGUCGGUCUGUCCGUUGUUCAGGGUGCCGUCGUCAACAAGGCGGGCAAGAUCAUCGUUGUUGAUGUCAACCCCAGCAAGGAGGAGUGGGCCAGGAAAUUCGGUGCCACCGACUUCGUCAACCCCCUCGACCUUAAGGACCAAACAAUCGUUGACAAGCUCGUCGAGCUCACUGACGGUGGAUGCGACUUCACAUUCGACUGCACUGGUAACGUAGGUGUCAUGCGUGCCGCUCUCGAGGCUUGCCACAAGGGAUGGGGACAGAGCAUCAUCAUCGGCGUUGCUGCUGCCGGCCAGGAGAUUUCCACAAGACCAUUCCAGCUCGUUACCGGCCGUGUCUGGAAGGGAUGCGCCUUCGGUGGUGUCAAGGGCCGCUCCCAGUUGCCCGGCCUCGUUACAGACUACCUCAAGGGUGACCUCAAGGUGGAUGAGUUCAUUACUCACCGCAAGACUCUCGGCGAGAUGAACAAUGCUUUCGAGACCAUGAAGCAGGGUGACUGCAUCAGAGCCGUGGUCGACAUGCGCAAUGAAAGCGAUAUCAACUCUCUCUCAAGAACACGCGAUUCCAAGCUGUGA